GUGAAGCAAUUAGUUUACCAGCAGAUUUACAAAAAUUGAGUGAAGUUAAAAGAUUGGUUUCAGAAAUUGAGAAAAGAGAAGAUGGAAAAUUGGAUGUAUUAGUUAAUAAUGCAGGAGCAAAUUGGGGUGAAAAAUUUGAUAAAUAUCCUGAUGAAGCCUUUGAAAAAGUAAUGAAUUUGAACCUUAAAAAAGUCUUUAGUUUAACUCAAGUUGCCAUGCCAUUAUUAGAAAAGGCUGCUACACCAGAAGAUCCCACAAGAGUAAUUAACAUAAGUUCCAUUAGUGUUCCAUAUUCAGAAACAUAUGCCUAUGAUGCAUCCAAAGUGGCACUAAACCAUUUGACCACAGUCAUGGCUGGACAUUUAUCACAACGUAAUGUGACAUUUAAUGGUGUGCUGCCAGGUCCAUUCGAGACGAAGAUGAUGAAAAAAACUUUAGAGGAUUAUGGGAAAUCAAUAGUUGCAGGUAUACCAUUGGGCAGAAUUGGUAGACCAGAAGAUCUUGCUGGUACUUGUAUCUAUUUGGCAAGUAAAGCUGGCGCAUUUACUAAUGGUGCAUUGAUAACUGUUGAUGGUGGUGAUACUUGUAAACCUAAAUUGUAA